AGCAGUCUUCCGUACCUCGUGGAUACACGAUUGUUUCCAUAGUCGAGUAGCGUAACAGUCACAAGUCGAACGUCUAUCAUCGACGACCGUACACAUACGCGUAUUUUACAAUUCCAAUGAUCUAUGAUAUAAUAUUUUAAUCUCGUAUUUUUUACGCGACGUGACCGCGUAACUGCUGCGCUCAGGGCUACAGAACAUAAUAUUCAGCUCUACCUAAACAAUACACAUUUCAACGUCGUACGAAGAAUACAACUUAAUAAGUUGUUGUACCGCGUGCACGCCGGCCGCAAACAGUAGUUUUAUAUACAUAUACACAUAUAUAUAUAUAUAUAUAUCUGGUGUAUAUAUUUAUAACACAUAUAUAUAUAUGUGUGUGUGUGUAAAUUAUAUGAGUGUGAGGUUUUUAUGACGACUUGACUGAUUUAAUUCGUAACUUAAAAAUCUGUUAUACACCUCUACCAUCGAUUACAAGACAUUUUAACGAUGUCAUAAACCAACCGCUUUUCACGAUUUUGGAAUUCGAUACAAACAAUAUAACACAUCAUGUAUCCGGCAAAACGUCACGAUUUCAAAAGAAAGAUAUUUGGACAUGUUUGAGUCCAGAUAUACUUUGCUGUCGGACAAAUUCGAUUUAACCCCUAGCUGUAUUUGAGCGCCAUUCCAAAUAACUUUGAAACAAUGACUUACGACACCAGCGGAGUAAAACGCGAGAAGCCGUCGCCAACAGAAGACAAUCACGAAUCAUGGCAGGCCAUGAGCAUUAUGUCAAAAGCAAAAUUUAUGUUGAAACACUGUACAGUGGAGCCGAUGUUGGGGUGCUAUAUAGUAUCCAGUGUGCUGGCAUCGCUUGCCACGCAGAAUCUAAACUUACAGAAGGCGUGCCGGGUAAAUCUCCAACUGGACAACGCCACAUGUUCGGCGCUCGAGAGCCGUACCAUGGACAACUAUACGAGAGAAGACGAAGUGGUCGUCCAAGAGCUAGUUGCCGAUAUGAUAAUAUGGAAAACAAUCGUGCAAAGCAGUAUACCGUCGGUGCUAAUAAUAUUCAUCGGGUCGUGGAGUGAUCGGAAUCAUAAACGCAAGCCGUGCAUGUUGAUACCAAUCAUUGGUGAAUUCCUCACCAGCAUCGGCCUGUUGGUCUGUACUUACUACUUUUACGAUCUCCCGAUGGAGGUAGCCGGGCUCGUGGAGUCCGUACCGCCGGCUAUGACCGGUGGAUGGAUGACCAUGUUCAUGGCCGUGUUCAGCUAUGUAGGAGACGUGACUACGGUAAAAAUGCGCACGUUAAGGAUUGGUAUAGUGAACGUUUUCUGUUCUGUGGGCGUGCCUAUCGGCACCGCGUUAUCCGGGGUAUUGUUCCGAGAACUUGGAUUUUACGGUGUAUACAUCAUAGCCACAGUAUUAUACAUAUUUGCAUUUGUAUACGGCAUGGUUUUUAUUAAAGAGACAAAACCAGUGAUCAGAAUUGAAAGCAAGGAGCCACCGAGGGACACGUCUUGUUUGGAUUUCCUCAAGGACUUUUUUAGCCUGAGCCAUAUUAAAGAAGCCGUUCGAGUGACAUUUAAAGAAGGACAGUACAACCGAAGACUAAGAAUUAUUGCUUUAAUGGUUGUUGUCAUCGUUGUUAUGGGCCCUUUGCAUGGUGAAAUGUCUGUAAUGUAUCUGUUUACACGAGUACGUUUCAAUUGGGACGAAGUGAACUACAGUAUGUUUUCCACGUAUUCUAUGAUUACUAAUCUAGUAGGUACGAUGUUUUCGGUUGGAGUAUUCAGUCAUAUGUUGCAAAUCGACGAUGCAUUAAUCGGAGUAAUAUCAUGUAUGAGUAAAAUAUUGGCUGGAUUUGUUUACGCAUUUGCUACAACGGAUUUCGUAUUUUACUUGGCACCACUUGUUGACAUUGUAAAUGGCACGUCGUUUAUUGCCAUGAGAUCAAUUAUUUCAAAACUUGUACCGCCAGAUGAAUUAGGAAAAGUAAACUCGCUGUUUGGCGUAUGUGAAGCUCUUGUACCUCUAAUUUAUGGACCAAUGUACAGCGCUGUAUAUAAGGCUACACUGAAGACAGUUCCAGGAGCUUUUUUCUUACUCGGUGGUGCAUUAACUGCUCCAGCAGCUCUUAUAUUUUUAUGGAUGUACAAUGAACAUAAAAAAGAACAAAGAGAAAAAGAAGCAGAGAUCAAAGAUGAAGAAAAAAAAUCUGGUCCGCUAAAGAAAAAAAAUAGUUUAGACUUCAGGAUAUCUUCGCAUGACUUUGACUUGAAAACUAUAUUAGAUAGACGAACACAGACUCACAGAGGUUCGGGACAAUUUUCAAGUCUAGGAUUGGACAACAUAGCAUUCCAAAUGGAAGAAGGAGCUUCUAAAGGCUAAUAAUCCUGAUGACUAACAAUAUGAUUGAGUAUUUUUUAAUUCCUAAUGUCAUUAGGACACAACUUUGUUCAUUCGUAUCAUGUGUAAUAUGUACAUAAGUUAAGACGUCCGUGAAAAUUAUUAUGUAAAAUUAUUCAAAAUUAGUAACUUAAUGUCCAUAUUUUGAUUUUUUUUAUGUACGUCUGUGAAUUUUUAUCACCAUAGUUGAAAACAAAUUUCAUCAUUUAUAUUGAUCGUUUUCCUGUGUAUAUACAGUGUGUUAGUUUUUGGAAAAAUUUUCUUUGAAAAUAUUACCAUUGACUUUCUAUAGGUCUGAAGUAAAAUUUAAACGUAUAAUCAUGGAUAAAAACAACUUUAAGUGAUU